AUGGUGCUUUUAUUAUUUUUCCUAUUCUGUUUUUUGGGUGAGAUUGAUUAAUUUUCCUGGGAUUUACUAUAAUAAAUAUUUAAUUUUUAGAGCUUUGUUUGAAAAGUCAAUGUGAGACAAGUUAUACAAGCGAACACACAAUUGGAUUAGAAAAUGACAUUGUGAGAGUUGAAAAACAAUUUCGAAAAUUGAAAAAUGUUAUAAUUUCUAGGGCGAUAUUUGUAUGAGUGUAACAUUUCGAGUAGAAGUUUUGAAUACGGAAAAUAACAAUACAGAAGCACUUCCAUUCAAUUUGGCAAAUGGUAAAAUCUCAGGAAAAUGUGCAAUUGAUCGAAAACAUGAUGCAAUAAUUAGUUCGACAAUUGAAGAAGAAAAUGGACGAGUCAAAAAAUUGAAAUUUGCUUUUAGAACGGUGAGUUAUCAAACUGAGAGCAUGUAGAAAAUCAGAAAUUUGUGUUUGUAGUUAAAAAAAUAUUGAAAAACGAAUCUUUUUCAAGUUUGAAUGUUUUAGAGAUGACAUAAAAUACGCAAUUAAUAUUUUUCAAACGUUUUCAUAUUUAAAUCAUAUAGCUUACCUUUUAAAAUUCUUUGCCCCAAUCUUUUUCCACCAAAAAGCCCGCCCUUUCCCAAAUCCCUUCUUCCCAAAACAACUAACUUCUGAUUUCGCCUCAAAAUUCCUCGAAACACACAUUUUUGAUUCCAUCACCAAUCGAUAAUCGAAAACCCGUUCAUUUGCGAUUCCUUUCCCAUCAUUUUCGUUGCCAAAAUCGAACAGCACCAAAGUUCUGUAAUAAUUUCUCAAGCUAACCAAUGUUUUCAAUCAAUUUUCAAAUCGUCACCAACCUGAACUUGCAGCUUUUCCUUUACAAAAUCGCAUUUUUCGGUGCAAUUGUUUGUUGGAUGCUGAAAAAACAAUACCAUAAACAGAACAUUUAGAAGUCCGCAGUGCAGAAAACAGUUCCGUUUUUUGCGUGCGAAAAAGCAGAGAAAAAACAAAAAAUAAAAAAAUGACAACUUGCCUGCUAAACAAUGCGCAUGCGGAGUGUCGUUGCGUUGCCUGGUGGAGUUUUGUCUGAAUAUUUUGACACUUUGUAGAAUUAUUCAGAAGCCACCUGUUAUUUGACAAACAAUGUCAAUUAAUGACGAGCGGUUCGAAAAAAUAGAUGGACUGUGGAAAAUAGGUCACGCGAGAACAUUUUUCACGUGAAUAAAUUUUAUUUUAUUUUUUUUUUGAAAACUGAACUUUUCGUGUUUAUUAUGAAUAAAAAUUUAGCAGGAAGUUCGGGUGAAAUCUAGUUUAGUCGGUCAUUUUACUGAAAACUAGAAGGUAUCUGAGAGAGUUAGGCUAUUGAGUGUUAAACCAUCAAAAUCUCGAAAAAAAAUAGUAAAUUCAGGAAGAAAUGCAUGUGAAAAGAGUUGAUGAGCUCCGAUGGCAAUUGAAAAAAGUUGAAUACACGGAAAAAUAUGAAGGUUUGUUUGAAAUUUCCAAAUUUUUACUUUUUUUCUGUUUUUUUCAGGAAAUACUGCAGUUUUUGAAUCGGAUAACUCUUCGGUUAUUUUCUCUGCACCAUUGACUCAAAAAUAUGUUUGCGAAGAUAGUCUCAACGUGACUCUUCAAAGUGAUGAAUUCAAGUGAGAUCAGAUCAAAAAUUCAUUUUUUUCGUUUUCCCAAGCCAAUUAAUUUUUAUUCAGUUUUCCAAUCGUCAUUAUGUUCUAUCCGGAAAUUGAUGUUCAACCCUAUGGACCCAAGAGUAAUUGUGAGUUUUUUGUUCAGUUAUUUUUUGCAAUGAGUCAAUGGGAACUAAAACUUUUUGAUUUACUCAAAUUCGAUUAUCAAAUGGGGGAAAUGUAAACAAAUAAAAUUGUUGUUAUUUAGCUUUUCUCUGCGAACGAACUCGUCGUCGAACUCUUUCCGAUUCUUUGCAACAUCGUUCAACAAUUUUCGCAGGUGUCAUUUUGGCAAUUUCCUCGAUUGCUCAUAUCAUUGGACAUAUGGUUCGACGUCAUUUUAUGCCACAAAGAAAAGAGAUUUAUGAGAGUCUGACUAGAAGUUAA